AUGUCAAAAUAUCCGGCACAAACAAAUGAUGGCAAAAAUAAAGGAGCAAAUGAUGAUAAUUCUUACUAUAAUUAGAGUUUGAAGUUCAUUGAAAGCUAACUUUCAGCACUGAAAAAAGACUAUUAAGAUACUGCAUCUUUCAGAAAAAUUGGGUCUAUUGCAUCCUAAGAUUUUUCGAAUGAGGAGAUGGUGGAUAUUUUGAUAAAACAAUUUCUCCGAGCAAUCAAGUGUAGAUUCAAUGUUUCAUUAAAAGAAGAAUAAAUCAAAUAGGAUGUCAGAUAAGACCUACUUACUAAUAUAUCAACAAUGCAAUAAGACAGUAACAUGCUGUUAGAAAAUUUGAACAAGGAUCUAACUGAUAGUUUCUAUAAUAAGGACGAGGAAUUUUCCUAGAUUGAAGAAUAAUUUGAACAACUCUCUCAUAAAAUGCAACAAAAUUAGAUUGAACUAAUAAGAUAGCUUAAAGACAUAGGCAACUCUGUGGAUUAAGAAGAACUUUAGCGAGAAUUCUAAAGCAAAAUCAAAGAAGAUCAAAAGAAAUUGAUCGAAAAAGUAUUGGAAAAAGAAAGAGAGAAAAGAGCUGAUAUGGUUGGAAAAAUUUAAUAAGUUUAGGAUAUUUAUAUGAAGAUUGUGAUGAAGCUUAUCUCACAGUUACCAUCUCUAGAGAUAUAAAUUAAAAAAGAAAUUGUUGUUUAAGCUGAAGUUUAUACUGGUUUAGAAAAAAAAGAUAGUAUUUGUAAAACUUUAAAUCUCGAUGAAUACUAUGAAAACAAUGAAAAAGAACUGAUUAAAUCUUAAUCUGACUUAGAUAAGAUUAUAGUUCCUAGAAAAUCUGAAAAAGCAAAGGGACCUUAAUGA